CUACCAUUUUGAGUUUGUACACGACUUGUGGUGAAAAAACCAUAAACAGAGAACGCGAACAGUUUAAUAAAAUUCAAAAUUCAAUUCAGAUGUAAAUAUAUGUUAGAAAUAGCUAAACUACAAGUCAAUAUCAAUUAACCAUGAGUAGAUCAAGAUCAAGGCGAGGAGUAGACUCGGUAUCAUCAGAAGAUUCAGCAAGACCACAACGAAGUUCCAGAGCUCGUAGGCAGAAUUUGGCAGGCUUAGAUAUUGAUCCAGAUGAUGAUGAAGAUUUCGAUGUAUCGAAUGUGAAAGAUGAAAACAAUGAAGAAGAUGAUGACGAAAUACCAGAAGAUGAUGAUGCUGAAGAAGUAGUUAGAAAGAGAGGAAGAAAAAGAAAGGCACAAGUUGAUGAUGAUGCUGAUGCGGAGGAAGAAAAUGGUGAAGAUGCAGAUGAUAAAGAAGAAGGAGGAGAAGGAGAAAAUGAUGAAGAUAAUGGGGAAGAAGAAGAUGAAGAGGAAGAGGAUGAAGAGGAUGAGAAUGGUGAAGGCGAAGGCGAAGGCAACACACCAAAGACUGAAGAAGAAAAAAGAGUUCCUAAAAAGAGAGGAAGAAAGAAGUUAAAGAUUACUAUUUUGGAAGAAGGUGUAUUUGAUGAAGAAGGAAAUCCAUUGAAUAUUGCUAAUGAUGAAGUUGUUAUUGGCCAUGAAGAUGAAAAAGGUAAAGAAAAGAUUGAUGAAUUGGGUAAUUUACAAGGAGGUAGAGAAUUCCGUAUGAAAACUUUCAAAGUAUAUGGACAAGGGGAUAGAUUAUAUAUGAUUUCCACCGAACCAGCCAGAUUAGUGGGAUUUAGAGAUUCAUACUUAUUAUUCAAAACUCAUAGAUCCUUAUUUAAAAAAGUAUGUGACAAUGAUGAAAAGAUGGAUUUGAUAGAUCGUGGUAUAAUUCCCAAUUCGUAUAAAGGUAGAUCAGUUAAUUUAGUUACUGCCAGAUCAAUAUUUCGUGAAUUUGGAGCUAAGAUGAUAAAUGGUGGUAAAAAAGUAAUUGACGAUUUUUGGGAACAAAGAGCUAUCGAUAAUGGUGACAUUCCUGGUGAAUAUGCUGAUCCAAAUGAAUUUAUAAGAACUAAUAGAUUAACCAAUAUCCUUGGUGAUUCCAAUACAAAUGGUGGUUCAACUCCCUUAACUGCCACCCCAUUAGUCAAUUAUGAAACUGAUCCUGCUUGGAUGUAUAAAGUUGCAUCUCAAACUAGUGAGUUCAAUACCAAGAUCUUAGAACAAAGAAAUCAAGCAUUCACAAGAGGAGUUAAAGACAUUUUCACUAAUUUAACAUUUUAUCCAUCAAGUACACAACCAUCUAAAUCAAAAUCAGAAUUUAUAGCGGAUCUGAAAGAUUCUUUAGUAUAUACUACGAAGAUUGUCAUAAAUGAUUUAAGAAAGAAAGUAACAGGUCUUAAGAAUGUACCUAAAGAGAUUUUUGCUGAUAUCGAAGAUGAAGAAAUCAAACAAGCUAUAUUAGAUCAACAAAAGUUUGAAAAAGAAAAUUACUAAAAUUUCUUACGUAUAAUAUGUAUGUGUAU